AUGGCACAUCGAAUGGGUGGACGGAAAAAGAACAAUAAAAAAGGAUUCCAAUUCACUCUUAUGGUUGUUGGCGCAUCUGGUACUGGCCGUACAACGUUUGUUAAUACACUUUGUAGUAGUGAAGUAUUAAAAGCAAAAUUAUGUGAUUCACCUGAAACUGCCCAUGUCGAAGAAGGAAUUCGUAUUAAACCAGUUACAAAUUGGAAGAAGAUGGUUUUUCAAGAAAUAAUGGGUUAUCUGGAAAGACAAUAUGAUGAUAUCCUUGCCGAAGAAUCUAGAAUUAAACGUAACCCAAGAUUUAGAGACAAUAGAGUUCAUGCGCUUCUUUAUUUCAUCACACCCACAGGUCAUUCUCUUCGAGAAAUUGAUAUUGAACUUAUGAAAAGACUCAGUCCACGUGUCAAUGUCAUCCCAGUUAUUGGUAAAUCUGAUACUUGUACACCAGCUGAAUUAUCAGAUUUCAAGAAAAGGAUAAUGGAAGAUAUUGAUCAUUAUAGCAUUCCUAUUUAUAAUUUUCCUUUUGAUUUUGAAGAAGAUGAUGAAGAUACAAUCGAAGAAAAUAGUGAACUACGGGCACUUUUACCGUUUGCAAUUAUUGGGAGCGAAGAAGAAAUUAUUGUUAAUGGAAAACCAGUUCGUGGAAGACAAUAUCCUUGGGGUGUUGUUGAAGUUGAUAAUCCACAGCAUUCAGAUUUUGCAAGGUUGAGAUCAGCUUUAUUGAGUUCUCAUUUACAAGAUUUGAAAGAAAUCACACAUGACUUUUUAUAUGAAAAUUAUCGUACCGAAAAACUUAGUCGAAAACAAAGUAGCAAUUUACCUGACGAUCUUGCUACUCAAACUGUACGUUUGAAAGAAGAACAAUUGAAACGUGAAGAAGAGAAGUUGAGAGAAAUUGAAUUAAAAGUACAACGAGAAAUCACAGAAAAGAGACAAGAACUAUUAGCAAAAGAAGAAGCAUUGAGAGAUUUGGAAGCUCAGACUGGCUUAUAUCUAGACAACGAUAUUGGGAUUGUCCCUGUUCCAGAUUCCGAAUUACCUAUACUUUUACCACAGAAUGUUUCUUUCUCUAGUCGUGGAGGAUCACCUUUGAAACAAAUUCAUGAUUGGGUUAAUUGUGAAUGUCCAAAAUGUCAUGGACCUGCAAAAAGAGAUACAGACACCAUGGACACUUUUGUUGAUUCAUCUUGGUAUUUUUUACGUUAUAUCGAUCCUAAAAAUUCUACUCUUCCUUUUUCUUUUGAGGAAGCAUCUAAAUAUCUCCCUGUUGAUAUUUAUGUUGGUGGAGUGGAACAUGCAAUUUUACAUCUUCUUUAUUCCAGAUUCUUCACAAAAUUUUUAAUACAACAAGGAAUGUACAUUUCAAAAAAUCAAUCAAAUUCUUCUAAUUUUAAUGAACCAUUCAAACGAUUAAUUACACAGGGAAUGGUUCAUGGAAAAACUUUUAAAGAUCCAGUUUCUGGUCGAUUUUUAAAACCUGAAGAAGUUGAUACGACAGACCCUAAUAAUCCUAUACAAAAAUCAACCGGUCUUGUACCAAUUGUAUCUUUUGAAAAAAUGUCAAAAAGUAAAUAUAAUGGUAUAAACCCGGAGGCAAUAAUAGAUAUUUAUGGUGCAGAUGCAAUACGUUUAUAUAUGCUAUUUAAAGCACCAGUAUCAGAAGUUUUAGAAUGGGACGAUUCAAGUGUUGUGGGAAUGCAAAGAUGGAUUGUGCGUGUAUGGAAGUUGGUUUGUAGUAUUACUACUGAAAAAAAUAUUGAAUUAUCUAAAAAUGAUGAUGAUGAUGAAGGAAUUAUUAAAUUGGAUAUUUUGAAAAUGAAUAAUAAUGAAAAAGAUACUUAUCGGUUUAUCAAUAAUACAAUCAGAGAGGUUACACGUGCCUAUGAUGAUAUUUUUUCUUUUAAUACAGGAGUUUCUUCUUUAAUUAAAUUGACAAACCACCUUUCAAGUGUUUCGCCAAGAGAAGAAUUCUGGGAAAAAAUAAAUAAUCAACAUGAUGAUGAUAAUAAUAGACAUAGAGGGCAAAAACAAACAAUAUUUAAAGAAUCCUGGCCUGUUGUUGAUAUUGAAGGAUUGAAUGUGGAUGAAUUUACUUGUGUUGUGCAGAUUAAUGGUAAAACAAGAUUUUCUAUACUAGUUCCUUCAGCAUUAUUAAACAAUAAUUCAUCAAUUGAAAAGUUGAUUCAGGAAUCUGAAAAUGGUCAAAAAUGGUUUAAUCAUAUUAUGUUGGGCAAAAAAAUUAAACGUAUAAUCCAUGCAAAUAAUGAAGAAUAUUCAAGAGCUAUAUUAGUUAUCGCUGGUGGCAAACUUGGUGUGUUAGAAGAGCCACUAGCAGCUAUGAUAAUGAUGGAAAGUCAGUAUCGAUUAAGAGACUGGCUUAUAUCUAGACAACGAUAUUGGGGUACUCCGAUCCCAAUCAUACAUUGUCCGAAAUGUGACGCAUGUAUUGUCCCUGUUCCAGAUUCCGAAUUACCUAUACUUUUACCACAGAAUGUUUCUUUCUCUAGUCGUGGAGGAUCACCUUUGAAACAAAUUCAUGAUUGGGUUAAUUGUGAAUGUAUUUAUAAUUUUCCUUUUGAUUUUGAAGAAGAUGAUGAAGAUACAAUCGAAGAAAAUAGUGAACUACGGGCACUUUUACCGUUUGCAAUUAUUGGGAGCGAAGAAGAAAUUAUUGUUAAUGGAAAACCAGUUCGUGGAAGACAAUAUCCUUGGGGUGUUGUUGAAGUUGAUAAUCCACAGCAUUCAGAUUUUGCAAGGUUGAGAUCAGCUUUAUUGAGUUCUCAUUUACAAGAUUUGAAAGAAAUCACACAUGACUUUUUAUAUGAAAAUUAUCGUACCGAAAAACUUAGUCGAAAACAAAGUAGCAAUUUACCUGACGAUCUUGCUACUCAAACUGUACGUUUGAAAGAAGAACAAUUGAAACGUGAAGAAGAGAAGUUGAGAGAAAUUGAAUUAAAAGUACAACGAGAAAUCACAGAAAAGAGACAAGAACUAUUAGCAAAAGAAGAAGCAUUGAGAGAUUUGGAAGCUCUAACAUUUGAAACAUUUUCUCCCAAUAUACAUGAAAAAUUGUGUAUUCAGUAUCCAUCGCUUAUUUUAUCUGGAAACAGUGUUAAUAUUUUAUACACUUAUGCGAAAAAUUAA